AUGAUCAACAUUUUGUUUCAUCUGUUUUUUCCCACUGCUCUUCGCCCAGUAUCUUGUGUCUGGGUGGUAUGGGUCUGUCUAUUCUUCUGCAACAGACUGACCAUGGUGGGAGCAGCACCCAUCUGUGCCAAUGCCCAAGCUGGCCAGCUGUGCCACGUCCUCUCCUUGGCAAACUUGUUUGACCGGGUCAUCCAACACUCAGCCAGGACACACGGCAUUUCAAACAACCUCCACACAGAGUUUGAGCAGUACUUCCUGCCCAGUAAGAAUCACAUCGGUCGGGUCAGUCGAAACUGUCACACCUCCAGCAUCCUGACCCCAAAUGGCAAGGACAACGCUCAGAGAAUGACGAGGGAGGAGCUGACCGAGGUGAUCCUGAAGCUCCUGCUGGCGUGGAGGGAUCCCCUGUGGCAUUUCCAUCAGAGCAUGGCACACCACCACGACUUCAACAAAUUCAGCUCCAAUAAAACCCUUGAGAUGAGCAACAUGGUACAUGAGCUCCACAGAGGUGUGGAGAAAGUGGCUGAGAAGAUGCAGGUGCUGGGGAUAAUAAGCAACACGGUCAGCAACCUGGCUUCUCCCGAGGCUUUGCUGGCCUCCGACAGCAGCGAGUGGCGCCUGAUGAGAAACUAUGACCUCCUCUACUGCUUCCGCAGAGACUCCAACAAAGUGCAGAACUACCUGAAGAUCCUCAAGUGUCGCAUCGUCCCAGAGCACGGAUGCUAA